UUGUACAUCCGACUGAGUUACGAUUUUUGCAUGUGUUUUUACACAUCUCGGCUGAGACAGGAAGGGUGUUUUUUCUGCUGGAACUCAGGAAGUACAUUUCUGAAGUGCGGUCUCGCGAACAUGCCGUUGCCAUCCUUCUGGAAUGCCACGCGAUAAAAUAUGCUUUAAAAACAUUUUCGAGACGGUGAGAAAUAUUUUACCCACGCGCUGCCCUGUCUCUGAUCGUAGAUAAGUGUCUGUUCCUUGCUGUUCAUCCAGCGUCCAGCGCACGUGAGCUGAGGAAACCUUGCUGAGAGACCCAGGUGUCUACCUCUGACCCCGCCCCCCUCCCUCCACAGCCCCCCCGGCUGCCGGCCUCCAUGCCACCAUGCCCAUCAUCAGCAACGCCAACCAGGACUUCAGCAACCUCUCGGUCAGCGACGACAGCAGCCUGGACCGCAUCUUCACCGAGAUCCCCGAGACCGAGACCGUCAAAGGCGUGUACUACCAGCGUGCCCAGCUGAUCCGGCGGCCCGAGGACCUGCUGAGCGUGGACCACGGGGCGCUGGCCAUCAUCAACGUGGGGGGGAACCGCUACACCUUCCCCUGGAGCACACUGGAGCAGUUCCCGCUGACACGGCUAGGCCGGCUGCGUCUCUGCAGCAGCUACGAGGAGAUCGUGCAGGUGUGCGACGACUAUGACGAGGCGGCGCGCGAGUUCUUCUUCGACCGCAGCCCCUCAGCCUUCCGUGUCAUCCUCAACUACCUGGCGGCAGGUAAACUGCGGCUGCUGCGGGAGAUGUGUAUCCUGUCGCUCAGUGACGAGCUGGCCUACUGGGGCGUAGAGAUGGCCUACAUGGAGCGCUGCUGCAAGCGCAAGAUGUACACACGCACAGAGGAAGUGGCCGAGCGAGAGCGCAGGGAGGAAGAGUGGAGGCAGAGGAGUGCACAAGUGCGCCCCCCAGUGGAUGAGACCGGCUAUCGCAAGCUGAUGAGCUGGCUGAGGGACACAGUGGAGAACCCACACUCUGGGCUGCCAGGGAAGGCAUUUGCCUGCCUGUCGGUUCUCAUGGUUGCAGUGACAGUGGUCAGUCUCUGCAUCAGCACUAUGCCUGAUCUCAGGGAAGAGGAGGACAGGGGAGAGUGUUCUCAGAAGUGUUACCGCAUGUUCAUAGUGGAGACGGUGUGUGUGGCCUGGUUCUCACUAGAGUUCCUGCUGCGCUUCCUGCAGGCGCGCAGUAAGCUGGAGUUCAUCCGCGGCCCGCUCAACAUCAUCGACGCCAUGGCCAUCCUGCCGUACUACGUGUCCCUGCUGGUGGUGGAAGAGGACCCGUCACUGAGCCGCGAGCGGCCCGGGGGGGGAAAGGGCUACCUGGACAAGCUGGGGCUGGUGCUGCGGAUCCUCCGGGCCCUGCGCAUCCUGUACGUGAUGCGUCUGGCGCGGCACUCUCUGGGGCUGCAGACGCUGGGGCUCACCAUGCGUAGGAGCACGCGCGAGUUCGGCCUGCUGCUGCUCUUCCUCUGCGUGGCCGUCACCCUCUUCUCUCCGCUGGUGCACCUGGCGGAGAGCGAGCUGACCGGCAGCCAUGACUUCAGCAGCAUCCCCGCCUCCUAUUGGUGGGCCAUCAUCUCCAUGACGACUGUGGGCUACGGCGACAUGGUGCCACGCAGCAUCCCUGGCCAGGUGGUGGCGCUCAGCAGCAUUCUGAGUGGAAUCCUCAUCAUGGCGUUUCCAGCCACCUCCAUCUUCCACAUGUUCUCACGCUCCUACCAGGAGCUCAAGCAGGAGCACGAGCGACUUGUGAAGGAGGAGCGAGCUGCCGCCAUUGCCGCAGCAAACGCCGCGGCAGACGCCGCAGCAGAUGCAAACCAGGGCAUGACCCUCUUCCUGCCUCAGGGACGCUUGUACUCAGACACAGACCAUGUCCUCAUUCAGGAGUCUCUGUCUCUGCUGGAGUCUUCCAAAGACAACCAGCCAAGGCUCCCGGCUGGAGCUUUCUGACACCUCACCCAGCCUCAGGCCACUGAUGCCUGUACUAGAGGGCCGCAGUCUGUCCUCGGUCAUUAGUGUGAACACA